GAGUGUUUACUCCUAUAGAAAAAGAUCCGAGAUUGGAAUUUUUCCAUUUCCCAGAACAAGAAAUUAGAAGCAAAAGAGGAAAGAAAAUUUCAUUUGAUCAAAGAAAAAGAAAUUAAUUUAUAACAUUGAUUUCACUAACGUGUACUUAAAACAUUCGUUUAACUUGGUAUAUAAUUUGAGUUCAUUUCACUAACGUGUUCUUGAAAUAUACAUUUAACUUGGUAUGUAAUUUGAAUUCCUCACGUUAUAUUCAAAAUUCAAAAAAGGAAUUAAAGUUCACAAUUUUACAGCCAGUGUGGUAACUACUGAACUGUAAUCCCUAUAAAGAUGGAAAACCAGACGUCUACUCCACUCCGGAAUCUCUUGAGAAUCUCCCGUUUAUAACCAAAUCCUAGGAAUCUUCCGUUUCUCACUAUAAAACUCUCCAUUCAUUGCUUUCAGAUUCCCCUAUUCCUCUCCACAUUUCUCCCUCCAAUGGCGGCCAUCACUUGCUCCGCCUCGGACCUCCAGCCCCUCCUGGGCCCCAAUGCCACCGCGGCUGCAGAAUACAUCUGCGGCCGCUUUGGUGCCGUGUCGAACAAGUUUGUCGACACGGGCUAUGCAGUUGACAACACGUAUCUUCUCUUCUCUGCCUAUCUUGUUUUCGCCAUGCAGCUCGGCUUUGCAAUGCUCUGCGCCGGCUCCGUUCGUGCCAAAAACACCAUGAACAUUAUGCUCACCAAUGUCCUAGACGCUGCCACCGGCGGCAUCUUCUACUAUCUUUUCGGUUUUGCCUUUGCCUUUGGAACUCCCUCCAAUGGCUUCAUUGGCAAGCAAUUCUUUGGUCUCAGCCAUUUCCCUUCCCCCUCUUUCGACUACGGCUACUUCCUCUACCAAUGGGCCUUUGCCAUUGCGGCUGCCGGAAUCACUAGUGGUUCAAUCGCCGAAAGGACCCAAUUCGUGGCCUAUUUGAUCUAUUCAUCUUUCUUGACAGGAUUUGUGUACCCGAUUGUGUCACAUUGGUUUUGGUCUGCAGAUGGAUGGGCUAGCCCUGCUCGUGCUGAGAAUCUCUUGUUUGGUUCUGGUGUGAUUGACUUUGCAGGCUCCGGCGUUGUGCACUUGGUCGGAGGCAUUGCCGGUUUGUGGGGUGCGCUGAUCGAGGGGCCUAGGAUCGGCCGGUUUGAUCAUGAAGGCCGGUCCGUGGCAAUGCGUGGACAUAGUGGCACAUUGGUUGUUUUGGGCACAUUUUUGUUGUGGUUUGGUUGGUAUGGUUUCAAUGCAGGUUCAUUUCUCAACAUAUUGAAGGUUUAUGGUGAUAGUGGAUCUUACUAUGGACAAUGGAGUGCUGUGGGCCGGACUGCUGUGACAACCACCUUGGCCGGAUGUGCGGCAGCAUUGACUACCCUCUUCGGAAAGCGCCUGCUCUCCGGGCACUGGAAUGUCACUGAUGUGUGCAAUGGCUUGCUUGGCGGGUUCGCAGCUAUUACAUCUGGCUGUUCAGUGGUUGAUCCUUGGGCAGCAAUUAUUUGUGGGAUUGUGGCGGCUUGGGUUUUAAUCGGGUGCAACAAGCUUGCCGAGAAGUUGAAGUAUGAUGACCCUUUGGAGGCUGCACAGCUUCAUGGCGGGUGUGGGACGUGGGGGAUCAUAUUCACGGCCUUGUUUGCCAAGAAGGCUUAUGUGAAUGAGGUCUAUCCGGGGCACCCGGAGAGGCCAUUUGGGCUGUUUAUGGGAGGCAGUGCAAAACUCUUGGCUGCGCAUUUGGUGCAGAUUGUGGUGGUUGCGGGGUUUGUGAGUGUGACGAUGGGGACAUUGUUUUUCUUGCUGCACAAGUUGAAGCUGUUGAGGAUUUCAUCAGACGAGGAAAUGGCAGGAAUGGAUGUGACGAGUCAUGGAGGAUUGGCUUAUGUCUAUACUGAUGAAAGUGACCUGAAAUCUGGAUAUAUGGUGUCUAAUACGGGUCCUCCACAUGUUUGAUUUGAUGAUCCUAGCUUAAAUUCUACAUGCGUGUAUAUAUAGUUCAAUUAGGUAAUUUUAGUUUAUGAAACAUGUAGUAGCUGGACUGUGUUUAGAGUACAAAUGCAUUGAUUCUUCAUUUUGCUUAGUUUGUGUGGUUUCAAUGAUAUUAUAUGUUGAGGUCAAGUAAAAUAAAAUUAUCUGUACUUCUAGUCUAACUUGUGUUUGUGUGGUUUGAUAAGAAAUUCUCCUCUGCUUUGAGCAUGUAGUGUCAUCUGUCUACUUCAUUAAAACCACCGGAGCUAAACACAAAUCCAUAAAACAAGAGCCCACAUACACAAAAUCAAGAGUUUCUUCUUCUUUUUCUAAAUGUCAAAACAGAUUGAAAACACCUCAAGUAAUACGUCGCUGAAUAGAAACCUUCAAGCAUUUCUCGGAAUCAGCUCAAAAUCGACAUCUUCCUCUUGCAACUUGUUGUCCCUUGCAAAAAUGGGUCAUGUUAAUACCGCUCACAUGAGUUUGGUCCAUGCUACUGAAUUUGGCGCAAGGAUUUCUGUCUUUUAGUUGCUUCAGAAGCUGCAACCCUCCUUGGUUUCGGUCACUUAAUCCCUUGAAGUCUCUAAAACCCAACUCCCCUGCAUAAAUCAACUGAAGAAAUUGAAAAUGUGCAGCUUUCUAACAGGCAUUGAUUGAACUUUAUGUGCUGUUAAAGAAACCAAGACACUCAAUAUCAGAUUCAUCGUAUCAGAUACACAUUUAAUGAUCAAGCAAAUAUUAGGAUUUAGUGAAUUGGCCUAAUACUCAAAACUAUUCCCGUUACUCAAAGAAAUUAUAGAAUGAAUUUUAAGUAUUUUAAUCUCAACUCUUUAAAUUAAAUCUAAAGACAAAAUGAAAUAGUUUUAGUUUUGCCAUAAAGGGGACCGGAAUUAUGCAUAGAAGAAAGCCUAUGGCAAUGGAGCAUGGCCAUUAAGUUUUUCACUUCUUCAACAAUGCCCAGAUUUGUUUUAAUUUUCUGAUAACCAUUGCGUUCUGUUUUUAUCAUGCAUUAACUGUAUUCAAUUAUUCAUCCUGCUAGAGUUUCUCAACCAACCUAUUUGGACUGUCAAGACUGGGUUCAACAGCUGCUAUUGUCUGUAUGAAUACUAGUAAAAUGAUUGAAUUGUGACCAACAAGAAAGCAUAAUAUCAAGACUGUUUCACUCUUCUUAACAAGCAAAAGCCUCCUUCAAUACACAAUAUCCAGCAAACCAGUCUGCAGUUAUACUUAUAAAAGCAGCAACAUCCAGUUAUUUUUUGAAACAGCCAUCAGUAAGAGGGAUAUA